AUGGUUAUAUUUUGGAGCAAGCCCAUGCCCAUGCUCAAGCCCAUGCCCAAGCCCAUGCCCAAGCCCAUGCCCAAGCCCAUGCCCAUGCCCAUGCCCAUGCCCAUGCCCAUGCCCAUGCCCAAGCCCAUGCCCAAGCCCAUGCCCAAGCCCAUGCCCAACCCCAUGCACAUGCCCAUGCCCAUGCCCAUGCCCAUGCCCAUGCCCAUGCCCAUGCCCAUGCCCAAGCCCAUGCCCAUGCCCAUGCCCAUGCCCAUGCCCAUGCCCAAGCCCAUGCCCAUGCCCAUGCCCAUGCCCAUGCCCAUGCCCAAGCCCAUGCCCAUGCCCAUGCCCAUGCCCAUGCCCAUGCCCAAGCCCAAGCCCAUGCCCAUGCCCAUGCCCAUGCCCAUGCCCAUGCCCAAGCCCAUGCCCAAGCCCAUGCCCAUGCCCAAGCCCAAGCCCAUGCCCAUGCCCAAGCCCAUGCCCAUGCCCAUGCCCAUGCCCAUGCCCAUGCCCAAGCCCAUGCCCAUGCCCAUGCCCAUGCCCAUGCCCAAGCCCAUGCCCAUGCCCAUGCCCAUGCCCAUGCCCAUGCCCAUGCCCAUGCCCAAGCCCAUGCCCAAGCCCAUGCCCAUGCCCAUGCCCAUGCCCAUGCCCAUGCCCAAGCCCAUGCCCAUGCCCAUGCCCAUGCCCAUGCCCAUGCCCAUGCCCAUGCCCAUGCCCAUGCCCAUGCCCAUGCCCAUGCCCAUGCCCAUGCCCAUGCCCAUGCCCAUGCCCAUGCCCAUGCCCAUGCCCAUGCCCAAGCCCAUGCCCAUGCCCAAGCCCAUGCCCAUGCCCAUGCCCAUGCCCAUGCCCAUGCCCAUGCCCAUGCCCAUGCCCAUGCCCAUGCCCAUGCCCAUGCCCAAGCCCAUGCCCAUGCCCAUGCCCAUGCCCAUGCCCAUGCCCAUGCCCAUGCCCAAGCCCAUGCCCAAGCCCAUGCCCAUGCCCAUGCCCAUGCCCAUGCCCAAGCCCAUGCCCAUGCCCAUGCCCAUGCCCAUGCCCAUGCCCAUGCCCAUGCCCAUGCCCAAGCCCAUGCCCAUGCCCAAGCCCAUGCCCAAGCCCAUGCCCAUGCCCAUGCCCAUGCCCAUGCCCAUGCCCAUGCCCAUGCCCAUGCCCAUGCCGGUGCAGUUAACACAUAUAAUAGAAUAA